AUGUCGACGGUGGAGGAGGAGCUGUCCGAGUGCGAGGUGCUGUGGCCGGAGACGCGCCACGGCGCUCCGGGGAGCGCGUGGGGGCCAUCGACGGCGGCUCCCAGGGCCUCCAGGGCCCGCCGGCAGUGCUCUGCGCCGGUGGACAUUCCCAGGGCCGCGCACCUGUCCGGCGGGCGCGCUGGCCUGGACGACGACGAGGAGGAGGAGGAGGACGGCGCCAUGGUGCCGCCGCACCUGAUGGUGUCGCGCAGGUGGUCGGAGGGGAAGGCGGCGGCGGCCUUCUCGCUGCGGUCCGGGCCCGGGCGCGCGCACCGGGACCUCAACCACCUGCGCAACUCCGUGCUGCGGAUGACCGGCUUCAUCGAAGGGUGA